GCCCUGUCGGGGGCGGCCGCGCGCGCCCCGCAGUUAUUGCCCGGCGCGGCGGGGACAGGUGUGGCUGCGCCGCUGCCGCGCAACAUCAUAAAAUCUUAAUCAGGUGAAAAUGGCCCUUAGCAAUUUGACCUCAAAGGCUGUGCUGCUCUAUGAUGAAUGGAUCAAAGAUGCCGAUCCAAGAUUGGAAGGCUGGCCACUCAUGUCUUCACCUUUUCCAACAACUUUUAUCAUUGGAACCUACAUCUAUUUUGUCACUUCACUGGGACCUAAACUCAUGGAAAAUAAAAAACCUUUUGAACUCAGGCAGAUAAUGGCAUUUUAUAACUUUAGUGUGGUAAUACUUUCCUUGUAUAUGACUUAUGAAUUUCUUAUGUCAGGUUGGGCAACUGGCUACUCAUUCCGAUGUGAUAUUGUUGACUACUCGAGGUCACCUACAGCCCUAAGAAUGGUACGAACUUGUUGGCUAUACUACUUUUCCAAGUUCAUUGAAUUAUUAGACACUAUAUUUUUUGUGCUGCGUAAGAAAAACAACCAAGUUACAUUCCUGCAUGUCUUUCAUCAUUCCAUCAUGCCAUGGACCUGGUGGUUUGGAGUCAAAUUUGCUGCAGGUGGCUUAGGAACAUUUCAUGCUUUGUUGAACUGCAUUGUACACGUUAUCAUGUACACUUAUUAUGGAAUCUGUUCUUUGGGGCCGGCCUAUCAUAAAUACUUGUGGUGGAAGAAGUACAUGACGACUAUUCAACUUGUUCAGUUUAUUAUGAUUACAGCCCAUAUAGGACAAAUCUAUAUCAUGGAUGAUUGUCCAUACCAGUAUCCAAUUUUCAUGUUUAUUAUUUGGCUAUAUGGCUCUAUGUUUUUAGUCUUGUUUCUCCACUUCUGGUACCACGCCUACACGAAGGGACAGAGACUACCAAAGAUGACAAGAAAUGGCAUCAACAAAGAUCAGUGAAAAAAACUCUUGACUACGGGGGAAAAAAAAAAUAAAAAAAAAAUGUGUAUGUCAAAGUUAAAACUUGCACUACUUGACAAUCAAGAUAAUUGGGUGCACACACUACACCGUGUAUAUGUUGUAUGUUUUCUUCCAAAGCAGACCUAGUAUUUUUACUAUAAGUUAUUUGGGUUUCAGAAUUUGGGAAAUAGAAGAGCACAGUGUGGAUUUGAUUUUAAAAAAAAAAAAAAAAAAGAGUAAGGAGUCUUCCCUGCAAGAAAUGAAUAGAUAGAUGACAUCUAUCUGGAAGAUGCAGGAAAAUAAAUGUAUUUGAUGAAAAAAUUAAAAUGUGUAUGACAAGUACAAAGUACUUUGAACAUUAAGGGAAAAAUUACAUCACUUUUGUGGUUACAAAUUGUUGAGACAGCUGCAUUUUAUUAAAAGAAAUCAGUAAAUAUCAUCCUUAAACCUAAAGCAUAUUAUGAGUAUAGCUAAUACAUAAAAAGAAAUGUGCUUACAAAUUAUAUUACUUUAAAGAAAGGAAUGCAAGUUAAUAUGUUAAAAUAUGGCACUUAAUUUGAAUAGAGAAUUUUAGAUAUACAUUCUUUUACUGAGAAUUCAUUUCAUGUAGGAAACUUUUACUCAUUUAAACAUUAUUCAAGAUGUAGGAAAGCUACUAAUACGGGGAUUAUCUAAACAGUCUUGCAGUGUAAUGAUCAAAACAAACUACUGAUUUAUUCACCAUAGUAUUAUUGUAUUCUUAUUAGUCAUUGUGUCUAGGAAUAUAUUUUGAUAUAGGUAGGCUACACUGUAGGGAGGAGGAAAUCCUGUAAUCAAGUAAUAAAAAUCUUAGUCCUCACAUAAGUUUUAAAGAAACUGAUUUUGAUUGAAACCUGAAUGUCAGCUACCAUGAUUGUAAUAUGCUGUAUUUUCUUCCAUUCUUAUUACCUAUAAAAAUACCUCCCUGUAUGGAGUUUUAUCACUAUUUUUUGUUGUUAUUGUUUAUGCUUAACAUCUCAAGGUUAAUGUCUCUGUAUUAAUAGGACCGGUUACCUUGUCUCUGUUCCCUCAGACUAGGAAAACAGAUGUGAGCCAUUUUCUGAAUUCCUGAGGGUAGGGUAGGUAGAGGUGGUUCCAUCCAGAUACGGGAUUAACUGGUAUGGUGUUUUCCAUGGGUAGGCAGGUUGUUAGGGCCACAUAUACACAGAAAUUAAAGGACACUGCUAUUUGUAUUCAAGUUGCAUUUAUAGUAUAUGAGUUCAUUAAGGAAAUGGCUCAUGCAACAGACCUGUAAAUGAGGAGAUAAAGGUGUUUAAAUUAAUGUUACCUUUAAAUGUACUGUUUUCUAUUAUGAUCACUGCUAACAAAAAAUAAGCUUGUGAUUUUUUUUUUUUGCUUUGUGCUUUAUCUGAUCUGUGGAAUUUUCAAAUACACAAAACAUUGGUGCAAAUUUUAAUUGCCUCCCUGUUGUACAAUUCCAAGAAAAUAAGUUUUGUAACCUAGAUACUUUUAUGGGGAUAGCAACAUUGAUGUACUGUUAAUGCGAAAAGAGUUUAAACUUUAUCUUGGACAUAUGUUGCGAAUAAUUUCUUACAAAAUUGCAUAUGAAUCUUCUUUAUAAAAACAAAUAAAAAUAAUUUAUAUUUUACCUUUUCAUGACUUAUUCCUUGCAGCUAUCAACUCUCAUGGCAGAUUGCAGUUAGAUUAGGAUUUGGGUAGUGUGUGAUAUAUAUCAUGACCUUGAUUUAGGUGCUUAAUCCUCAAAUCCUUAGUGCUGAGUUCGAUUUCCCUGGCAGAGCAUGGAGGGAGAUUCUGCACAGAUUCAUACCAGCCGAAGUGCUGAGUGGGGAAAUGCCAUCACUGACACCAAAUCUCAAACCAUGCCAGACUGUAUGUGUGCCCUUGGCUUCCAAAGUAGGGGGUUAUCUCCUCACAGCUGGGACCUCGUAUUGUAUAAUAAUGUGUUAAAUAAGUGCUGAUGAAGAAAGAGUUCUCUGUAGUUUUGUAGGUAACUCCAGUUCUUGAGGAACUCAUAGUUUUGGCUGUCCACUUUGCUGUUAUUGCUCCCACCCCAGUUGUACAAAUGCAUAAACAUGCAGGGAUCAGAGCCAGUUGGAAGUUUUACCAGAAGAGAUGGUGCACACGAUCACAGUUUAGGUGGAAUGUGGCCUACGGCUGAGCGUGAGGGACUGUGCACUAUUUUGUUGGUCUGCAACUUAGAACCAAUAUCUGAUUUUAUUUUUUUUUCCACACACUGAAGCUGUGAUAAUGCAUGGUCAAAACUAAGCAUCAAUAGACUCCUUUAAAGAGACAGGAAAAUCUCCCAAGUCUAGCAGUUGUGCAGCAGCCAACUGCCUCUGCAGCCAGUUGCUGGGGAUCAAGGUUUAAUUAAGCAGGAGAUGCUGAUCAGUCCAUGGGCUGUCUGCAAGGGCCACUUUGGAGUCCAGAUACAUAAUUACUUGCAGACUGUUUUUGUUCCCGUGUGUUCC